UUCUUCGCUUCGGCGUGUCGUUUGGUCCCGCCCUUCUCAGCCGCGGCCUCCGCCAUGUGGGUGCCUUUUACGGGAUCCGCUUGCCUCCUGCUCGUGGCCUCCAUGUGCAGCGGGCUUUCGUCGCGGUCCCAGGAGUUGCGCUACCCGCCUGAGCGAAUAGCUGUAAUUGGAGCUGGCAUUGGGGGCACAUCUGCAGCCUACUUUCUGCGCCAGAAGUUUGGAAAAGAUGUCCUGAUUGAUGUAUUUGAAAGAGGGACUGUGGGUGGCCGCCUAGCUACUGUCAACCUGAAAGGAGAAGACUAUGAAGCAGAAGGAACCUCCAUUCACCCUCUUAACCUGCACAUGAAGCAUUUUGUCAAAGAAUUAGGAAUUCCUGGUCCAAAAAGGCAAGGUGGCCUCAUGGGCAUUUUCAAUGGAGAUGAGUUUGUCUUUGAGGAGAGUAGCUGGUACAUCUGGAAUUUUAUCAAGCUCCUGUGGCACUAUGGACUGAAUCCCUUGCGAAUGCACAUGUGGAUAGAAGAAAUUCUGGACAAGUUUAUGAGGAUCUAUCAGUAUCAGGCCCACGACUAUGCGUUCAGCAGCAUUGAAAGUUUGCUUCAUGCCCUUGGAGGGGUUGAACUCCUCCAGAUGCUGAAUCAGACCAUUGAUGAAUCUAUGCAGAAGUCUGGCUUUUCUCAGAAGUUCAUCAAUGAGGUAGUAGCUGGAGUCAUGAGAGAAGACUUUGGCCAAGGUACCAGUAUCAAUGGUUUUGUAGGCACCUUAUCUUUAGCAGGAGAUGAUCCUGGACUUUGGUCAGUAGAAGGCGGCAACAAACGGGUAUGCUCUGGCCUUCUGCAAACUUCCAAAGCACAGCAGAUUUCUGGCACAGUUAUUUCUAUAGAGGAGAAGACAAGGCAAAAUGGGCGUUCAGGUGGUAUUGUGAAGCUGUAUGAAGUGACCUACGAUUCUACAUCAGGAUUAGAGAGAGAGGCGUACGACAUCAUUAUGAUUGCAACCCCCUUGAACCAUAAGUCUGCCAACAUAACAUUCCUCAACUUCAACCCACCCAUUCCUGAGUUCUCCAAGCCUUAUCAAGAGACUGUAGCAACAUUUGUCCACGGUCAGAUCAAUGCCUCUUUCUUUGGCUACCAGCACCCUUCCUACUUCAAUUUAAAGCACAUUGUCACUGUGGAAAAUUCCAAAUUGUUUAUAAAUUCCAUGGUCACUUUGUAUCCAGUUAAGAUCAGAAAAGAUGCAUUAAACCCUCAAAUCUGGAAAAUUUUCUCACCCCAACCCCUCACCAAAGAGCAAAUGGACCUUCUUUUCAUAUCCUAUGAUGCCACUAGAGUAAAAACAUGGCUAGCCUACCCACACUACAGCCCCCCAGAGAAAUGCCCACCUCUCAUCCUUCACAGUAGAAUGUACUACCAAAACAGCAUAGAAUGUCUUGCAAGCGGCAUGGAAAUGAGUGCAGUUUCAGCCCAAAAUGCUGCUCUUCUGGCUUACCACCGCUGGUACGUAAAUACGGAUAUGAUUGAUCAGGAAGAUUUGCAUGAAAGACUCAAAACAGAGCUCUGAGUUGGAAUCCUCAGGUCUACAUUCCUCUUUCCCCUGGGGAAAAACAACAACUCAGAAAAGGUAUUCCUGGAGGCCAUCACCUCUUUGAUAGGCAAAAAUACACAGUAGGUAGUAUUCCUCAGUUACCAGUCCAGUUUUAAGAACACUUGGUAACUGAGGAACACAACCUACUGUGUAUGUUUGCCUAUGCAGAGCUAAGACCUUCAGGAAUAUUUUUUCAAAACUCAGAAAGAAGUCUCUCAUACUAGAAUGUAUCCAAAGUGUUGCCUACUACCAUUGUGGUAAUGUUUCUUAAGACUAUUAGAGAGCACUGAAUAUAAUUCAGCCUCACUGUGUCAUAGCUGCUUAACUUUAAUCUCACUUAAUUGGGCUACAUGAAUAAGUGAAAUUUUGCACCUGUGUUAAAUCUUAACACAGCCUACAGCUUGUAGGUCUAACCAUUCCAAGCCAGAUCACAAUUUUACUGUAAGUAAGUUCUCCAAUAGCCUUCGAGGUGAAAGCCAUUGUGCUCUUCUCUAAUACAACCCUCCCUAAAGUGCAUGGGGGGGAUAAGGUAUACAGGAGUCAUUAUUGGUAAAGUGUGUCCUAUAGUGUGGAAUCUAUUGAAAACAUGCUUAAAGUAAGGUUUAUGAAAGGUAGGAAUACACUGGACAUCAUCUAACAGAAGGAAAUGGAAGGCAAAGAUUAGAUGUGCCAUGCAUGUUAGCUUGGGUUUUUACCCUAAUUCUUGAGAGCCAUCAGAUGUGGGAGAAAAGCCAAAACCAACAGCAAGUUCCCACAGUAGUACAAUUAGAGUCAAAUCUCUAACAUGCCAAGGUACAAUUCAAUAGAUUUUGCCUUUUGGUUAUUAACGUAUACAUAGCCCCUCAAAAUAAUAAGCUAAGGCUACAGGAAAUCUGGAGCAAUCUUGAAAAGUACAUUACUAAUCUUCUACUGAAGCUCCUGGAUGCUCUUGUAUUAGCAGCUGGUGGUUUUAAAUUUGAUACAGAGCUGCCCUGAGUCCGCUUGCGGAGAGGGUGGAAUAAAAAUUUAAAGUAAAUAAAUAAAUAAACUCAUGUUUCUGGUUAUAAAAGAAUAAAAGGAUCCAAAAUGUAGGUAAGCAAACCAAGGACUUCCUCAGCUGCAACAAGAUCUGACAGCUCAGCAGCAAAUUGAUCAGCCGUCAGGUGAGGGUGGGAUAUAAAUCUGAUAAAUAAAUAAAUGGCAUGCACACUGAAGCCAUCUUAAAGUUAUCUAUAAAUAUCGUAUGAAUUACAAGAACAGUUCACACCCAUCUUAGAGCCCCUGAGAGUAAGAUACUUCACACAAAACAUGGUUUGAUCAGGAAUGUUUGUCAGCAAAAAAUCAAUAGCUAAGUUUGCUCAGCCUGUGAUGGAACAGAGCUUACAAGGACAAAAAGCACCCCCUGGAAGUUCUGGAAACAGUCUCUCCAUCAGGCCUUCCACUUAGCCCCAUCAGUUCUGAGGGAACCACAGAAGGGAUGAGAACUGAGGGUGAGGAGAUCUGGGAUAGCCAGAUUCAGAUACCCCUCCUUUAUGAUAUCCCUUGGGAAAAAACUAGUCUUGCAUAUGAUUAAAUACAUUUAUUGGGGCUUUUGCAGGUUCCCUAGUAAAUCAAUUGUUUUUCAUUCUGAGGAAUCAAUUGCUUGUGUUUGUAUUUUGGGUAAACAAUAACAUUGUUAAUUGAGUUUGUUUGUGUCCUUUAUAAAGUUUAUAUUUCUGGUACCUGGCAUUACAUUUCAUGGCACAGCCUGACAAAGUGACACAUAUGUCAGAUCUGGCCCUUGUAACAAAUGAGUUCAACAUCUCUGGUUUACAAAUUACUGCUUUACAAAGGAAGACUUUUUGAUCUCUAACAUACAACUAUAACCCCUGUUCAGCAACUGAAGAGUGCACAUACAAGCUCCUAUUAGGUACAGCAUACUUGUUUACUAUGGAUUGCUAUUUAAAGUUCAGACCAAUGAGCCAUUUGCUACAACUAACACUGGUGCUUGGACUUAAAAUAUUUAACCUAUUAAAACCAGUAAGAAAAUGGUCCUAAAUACCUAAAUUCAUCUGGUUCUGUGAAUUUUGACAUAACACUGUCAUUUAUUCUGUUCACAACUUAUAUCUUGAACAAAACAGUAUUGUGAUAAGCUCGGCACUGUAAUGAUAAGUACUGAUCUUUUGCUAUUAAAGUGAUAACAUCA